GCCGGCGCUCCCCACUCAGCGGUGGCGGUGCCCGUGGCCGCGACCCUGCCCGUGCUCCAGUCGGCGGCUCCGACCCCUUCUCCCUCCUCCCGGGCUGUGUAAGGUUCAAGACCUGAAAAAAUGGCACUGGCAGCAAUUGAUCCACAGCAGAACAUUGUAUCGAGGGUUGCCAAGCUUCCUUUGGUGAGCUCCACCUAUGAUAUGGUGUCCACCGCUUACAUCACCACAAAGGAUAAYCAUCCUUACCUGAAGUCAGUAUGUGAGAUAGCAGAGAAAGGAGUGAAGACAAUUACAUCGGUAGCCAUGACAAGUGCUAUGCCUAUCAUUCAGAAACUGGAACCACAAAUUGUAGUUGCCAACAACUAUGCUUGUAUAGGUCUAGACAAAAUUGAAGAGAGACUGCCUAUACUGAAUCAACCCACCGACAAGGUUGUUGCCAAUGCCAAGGAUGUAGUUGUUGGAGCCAGAGAAGCUGUAACAACCACUGUGACUGGUGCCAAGGAAACAGUUGCUCACACGAUCACUGGAGUUGUGGGCAAGACUAAAGAAGCAGUGCAAGACAGCGUAGAAAUGACCAAAUCCGUUGUCAAUGGCAGCAUUAACACUGUCCUGGGAAGUCGUGUGGUACAAAUGGUGAGCAGCGGAGUGGACAGUGCUCUCACAAAAUCAGAGACCCUUGUAGAUCAGUAUUUUCCACUUACAGAAGCAGAACUAGAGAAAGAAGCUGCAAAUGUUGAAGGUUUUGAAGUUGAAGUUCAAAAGCCAAGCUACUAUGUUAGACUAGGAUCCCUGUCUUCGAAGGUCCGCACACGUGCCUACCAACAAGCCUUAAACAAAGUUAGAGAUGCUAAACAGAAAAGCCAGGAGACAAUCUCUCAGCUCCACUACACUGUUAGCCUGAUCGAGUAUGCCAGAAAGAACGUGAAUAGUGCCAAUAAGAAACUUCUUGGUGCUCAGGAGAAGCUUUAUCAAUCCUGGGUAGAAUGGAAGAGAAAUACAGGCCAAAAUGAUGGUGAUGAUCUGCGUAGUGCUGAGCACAUUGAGUCAAGAACUCUAGCUAUUGCACGGAGCCUCACUCAGCAGCUUCAGACCACGUGCCUCACACUGGUCUCAAGCCUACAAGGGCUGCCACAGAAUGUUCAGGAUCAGGUUUACGGUAUUGGGUCAAUGGCUGGUGAUGUCUACCAGAGCUUUCGGUCAGCAUCCUCCUUCCAAGAAUUAUCAGACAGCUUUAUUGCAGUUAGCAAAGGACAGCUGAAGAAAAUGAAGGAGUCUCUGGAUGAUGUGAUGGAUUAUCUUGUUAACAACACACCGCUCAACUGGCUGGUUCCAGAUUUCACUAUUACAGACCUGUCUUCAGAGUCAGAUGAUGUCCCAGACAUUUUGGAUUUGGAUGAAGAGGAUCAACAGGACUUUUCACGCACAAAUGGCCCUUACACUACAGGGCAAAGAGCUGAAUAGAGAAGCAUAAAAAUGUCUUUUUGAUACAA